UGUUGUUUAAGAGCCAGGCUGUUUGAAACGGCAAAGCAAGCCCAAGCACCUUUCAACUGACGACUUGUGAAACGGGCAAGCGUGGUACUUUUUAUGGUUUUAUAAAAUAGUUAAGUUUCCGAAAAGCGGCGCUACUUACAGAGAUGUCCUCAGACGAAGAAGAACCAACCAGUCCUGUUCUCCCCAAAGACUCGGACCGGGGCAGCUCCGUGUCCUCUGAGCUUCAGGAUGAGUAUGAGGAGCUCCUCCGUUAUGCUGUUAUCACCCCUAAAUUUGACGCGCUUGGCGUUCAGUUGAAGCAGCAGAGCACCUCGCAUCUGUCUGCAGCGGGUGGAAAUAAAGAUGGCACAAAGUUUCAACGUGUACCAGAUUCUGCCAUUGAAGCUAAGGAUGGGCGGCACUCUAGCAGGAGCCUGAGAUCGUCACAGGCCUCCCCCUUGAUUGUUGAGCCACACUCGACACACUCAAGAGCCUCUCGUGUCUGCCUGUCUGUCUGCGGUUGUGCUUUUUUUUUCCCCACUCCAGCUGAGAAGAUGGCAGGUCAUUUGUCUAGCAGGGCGUCACUGCUCUCAGAUAAUCCCUCAGAGAGGUUACAGGUGGCAUCUGAGAGGUCCAGGCCAGAUACCCCAGAACCCUUUGAGUUUGUUGUGACAGAGAUGUUUAUUUCAGAGGAGAACAUAAACAAGAUGGAGAACAUUCUGGACACGUGGAGCAACAACCUGAAGUCAAAUGUGCUGACGGAGCUACGGAAGUGGAAGUUGGCCUUCGUUGAGCAACACAAGCUGGAGAUGAUGAAGGAGAGGGAGAGGCAUGCAGCCCAGACAGCUGGCCUGAAGUCAGAGCUAGAUAGCCUUAAACAGCUAUUACAAACCUAUGAAACCUCCAACCAAAGGAAAGAUGAGGUGAUCGGGAACCUGAGCCAAGUACUGGACAGACAGAAAGAAAAGCUUGAGAAGAUGAGGGCCUUCACCCACUGGAGACUCCAGCACAUCGAGGCCAAAGAAGAGGCUCGUUCUUCUCAGGUGGCACAGCAGCACUACAAUUUGCAGCUGAAGAAGAAGGUGUGGUUUGCCUGGCAGUCUCUGAUCCAGAAACACUGGAAAGUCAAGGUGGAGAGAGCUUGCCGUUCAAGGGCUGAAGAGGUCUGCUCCCAGAUGUCUGUGGAGUAUGAGGCUAAGCUAGCAGAGCACUGUGAGGCUAUAGAGCGGGCACAGGCGGAGAUUCAGAGACUACGAUUAGAGCGAGAGCGAUAUGAAGAAUCCAUGAAGAAAGCCUUCAUGAGGGGUGUAUGUGCUCUCAACAUGGAGGCGCUCAGCAUGUUUCACUCUACAGAAGGACGAGCAGAACAACCUCCAGCUCAUGAUCAGCAUGUUCCUCUGCCUCGUGAGGAUGAGCGUGGCUCCUCGGCCAUGGCUCAGCUCCAGCCAUAUGCCACCUCUUCCACACAGUUCAGUCCAGUCCAUUUUGACCACCCAGGCCCGUCGCACAGUGAAGCAGAUGAUGUGAUGGGCUCUGGUGCCCCCAUGUCCCAAGAAGAAGCACUCCCUCCCACUACGGUGGUGCACAGCUCACUCCCUCUUGGGGGAAUUGCAAGUUCCCACAAAAAGGUAGGUACUCGUGUCGUCACAGCAAGUCAACAAAAAUCCUCAAAGACUGUAACGGCUCGUGUCACUGCGCGCCAUGAGAUCAGUAAGGUGGGACGUAGCAGCCUGCAGGUGAUGGGAGUGGCUCCACCCAUGAGCUCUGUGGUAGUCGAACGGCAUCAUCCUGUUACGCAGCUCACCAUUGGGCAAGCCACAGCUGCUAAAUUUCCAAGCUCCUCCCAAAAGGGCCACAUGUCCACUGCAGGCAGAGCCUCCUCCAGAACGCACAGCAGCACCUGUCACACACACUCCAUCAAAGUAGUUGACUGAUGACACGC